AUGCGGUCAAUGUUUGAAAAGCGUGACGUUGGGUUUCUGAGAGCUUUGUGUAUCGCCUCAUUUUGGCUCGCAGAUGCUUCGAGAAUUCUCUGCAGUGAUGCCAUUAGACGCGCAGCAGACAUCCGUCUUCAUCGCAGCUUUGACUAUCUCAUCGGUGCUCGCGACCCUGAGUCUUGCUCCCCGUCAUCAGCAAACCCAAUUGCCGCUGUGGAUCGAGUGCGAUUGUGGUAUCUUCUGUUCGUAUGUGAUCAACAUCUCUCAAUCUUGCACAACCGCGACUCUCUCCUGCGCAGCGAUAAGGACAUCGCCGUGAGCUGGGAAACAUACUUACAUCGAGCCGAGACCACUGAAUCAGAUAUUCGGAUUCUUUCCCAAGUGUCACUAUUAUUGAUAAUGGGUCAGGUGCGAGAUGUACUGGGGUCCGAUAAUCAGACGCCGCUACCACCGACUCUUACACAUCAUAUCACGAAUUACUCUAGGCAGCUGGAUAAAUGGUUCGCCAAAUUCUCUGCUCUAUUCAUCACAAACGCGUACAUUGGCGAUUUCCCAAGAAAGGGCUUGGAGCUUCACUACCAAUUCGGCAAACUCUACCUUGGACAUCAAGUAUUCAAAGGGCUUCAUGGUAAUCCUAUCCCGAUGCAUUUCGUCUCUGCUGCGAACAUGGCCCAUGAUGCAGCGGUUGGGAUUUACGAAAUGAUCCUGAACGACAAUCAGCUCACAAAUAGUCUGGUUGGCAUGCCUCACUACUUCCAUAUCAUGAUUGCGUUUGCCGGACAUCUGUUGCUGGAAAUAUGUCACAACCACCACGAACAACUGUCUAUCAACGUACAGGAGGAGUUCAAUCUCAUUGGUGCCGUCCUAGACCUGUUCCGCAGUCAAAACUGUAUUCCUCAGCAUCCUAUCCGACGCAUGGCUCCUGGUCUCAGCCGGAAGCUUUCCACCUGUGCUGCCAGUCUAGGGAUUGGUAGUCUGUUCGAUGGCCAUCAAUCAAGUCAAAAUGCGUACAUUGCCACUACAGGCGCACAGGGUCUCGCGAACCCAAGUCAGAAUUUUGACGGGCAGCCUGUUCAAUUUCCUGUUGACUCUACGGCGCCCCAGAUGGAUGACUUUCUAUUCGGCGAUAUUGGAGAAUUCACGUUCCCGGACUUGACAUCCAGCUUCUUGCCAUAG